CUCAAACCUCAAGACUCAAGAGCCCGCAAACAUGGGUGCCUACAAGUACAUUGGCGAGCUGUACAAAAAGAAGCAGUCGGAUGUCCUUCGCUUCCUCCUCCGUGUGCGGUGCUGGGAGUUCCGCCAGCUGAACGUCAUCCACCGCGCCUCCCGUCCCUCCCGUCCCGACAAGGCCCGCCGAUUGGGCUACAAGGCUAAGCAGGGCUAUGUCAUCUACCGCGUGCGUGUUCGCCGCGGUAACCGCAAGAAACACGUCCCCAAGGGUGCCACCUACGGUAAGCCCGUCCGCCAGGGUGUCAACCACCUCAAGCCCCAGCGUGGGUUGAGGAGCGUUGCGGAGGAGCGUGUUGGCAGGCGUUGCGGCAACUUGCGAGUCCUGAACUCGUACUGGGUUAACCAGGAUGGUGUGUACAAGUAUUACGAGGUCAUCCUCGUCGACCCCAGCCACAAGGCCAUCCGUCGCGACCCCAGAAUCAACUGGAUCACGAAGCCGGUGCACAAACGCCGCGAGACCCGUGGUCUUACCAGCGUUGGGAAGCAGAACCGUGGUUUGGGCAAGGGUCACCGCUACAACCACAGCCCGGGCUGGUCUACCUGGAAAAAGCACAACACGCUCAGUCUCCGCCGCUACCGGUAGACUGCUGUCGUGCUUUUCGCUUCAUGUCUGUAUCCUACGUAUCGCACACCCAUGUUCUUUCAUGCUUGUUAUGGAUGUAUGCCUUUGUGCAGCUUGCCAAAAAGAGAUGCCAUCCGAUCAUGUUACCCAGCAAAGCUUU